AUGUAUUUAGUUCAAAUAUCAUUUUCUGAGACAAAAUAUAAUACAACAAAAGUUGAUGAAUUUAAGGUUGUUCAUAAUUCUGGAAUUUUGGCCAAAUCUUUGAAUAUAAAUUUGUUUAAUUCAAUUGUUGAUGCCGCUUGCAAAGCAAUAUUAAGUUCAAGUGAUGAUUUACUAGUAGAAUAUUCAAUUAAGGCAUUAGAAUCAAUCUCAUUAUACCAAAACUCCGCUGAUAUCAUUUUUGAGAAUAAUAUCAUUGAAAAAUUACUUCAAAUGCUUAAUGAAGACACUAAUUUUGAGACAAAAGCUUCAAUCACAAAUUUACUUUGCAAUUUGAUAUAUAUUUCAUUUGAUUUAGCAAAGAUCUUGAAAGAUAAUGGAUUUUAUGAUUACAUUGGCUCUGCCUUUGAAAAUAUUAUUGUUCAAUCAGGCAAACACAUCUUAAAUGCCCUGAUAAAAAGCAUUGAAUAUAUUGAAUUAGAUAAUUCAUUUGAAGAAUGUGUCAGAAAUGGAAAUAUCAUCAAUACAUUAUCAUUGAUUGCAUAUGAUGAAGAAUAUUCCGAAGUUGAAGAUGAAUUUGGAAAUUUGUUAUCAGAAUUGUCUUCUACAGUACUAGAUUUGUUGGAUAUACCAGAUGACUAA